AUGAAAAUAACUAUCGUUUUAUUAGUUUCGAUUAAAAUAGYAUAUUUAUUCAAAUUAAAUCCUACUUAUAACAACAGUAAAGGACUUAUAUAUAAUGGUACAAGAUAUAACUCAAGAAAGUAUCCGUUUGUAGUGACUAUUAAAAUAUUUGAAGACAGUACUGAAGAAAAGCUCACGAUUUGCACAGGUUCAUUAGUAAAAGAAUUGUAUGUAUUAACCGCUGCUCACUGUUCUUUCAAUAAACGUCCAAAUCUCCUAAAUGUAUAUUCUGGUUCUGUUGUGAAUAAUUAUGAUUAUCGAAGAGUAACCGAGAUACACAUUCCCAACUCGUAUAACGCCUCAUCAGAUGUUUCAACUGGAGACCUAAGUGUGUUGAAAAUAAAAUCACCAUUCCCAAGAGUUAAUAGAUAUAUACAUAUUGGUGGMGACCCAUUAGAAUUUGCCGAUCUCAAACCAGUAAAAUGUGUUUGUAUUGGAUUUGGUAGUAUAAAUAAAAAUAACGAUGUGGAACUAAACGGAUUAAUAAUGACCACUGAUGUCAGAUAUGGUCAAAAAGCUUGUAAAAUAUGGGACAGUGAUUACAUAAAAGACUCGUGGCAAGAAUAUUUAUGUGCGGUUAGCCCGUGGCCAUCGAUGACAUGUAAAGGAGACAGUGGUGGUCCAAUGAUUUGUAAUGGCAAGCUUUAUGGAGUAUGCAGCUUUUAUCUCAACUACGCAACGACAGGAAAUAUAAAAGCUGAAUGUGGAAAUCCCUACAUGCAGACGGUGCACACGUUUCUAAGUUUUCAUAGAAAAUGGAUAGAUAAUAUAAUAGAAAAGAAGGAAGAGAAAGAAAAGAAGGAAGAGAAAGAAAAGAAGGAAGAGAAGGAAAAGAAGAAAAAGAAGAAAAAGAAGAAAAAGAAGAAAAAUAAAAGGAAGAAAAAAAAUUCCGGGAAUUCGCUUGAGCUAUGCUUUACAUUGCAGACAAUUUUAGCAAUAUUAUUAGUUGGAAAUAAUGAAAUAUAUAAAACAUAUUUUUAUUAA